CGGAGCGGAAGAGAUCUACUUGUUGGUGGCUGCAGCUGUGAUGAAGCAGAGAGAGGAUGAAGAAACACGCAGCGUAGCAGCUUUUUAAAGGAGAAUAAAGACACACUUGCACGCAGAUAGAGCGUCAGACAGAGCCGACGACAUGUCUUUAUCCGGGUGUUUGUUGUUGUUGUUGUUGAUCUCGUCGGUCGGUGCAGCGAAGAGUGCAGCGGACGAUGAGUGGGUUAAUCUCCCCAACAAAUGUGAAGUGUGUAAGUUCGUCAGCAUCGAGAUGAAGUCGGCGUUCGAUGAGACGGGGAAGACCAAGGAGGUCAUCGAUAGGAACUACCGCUUCAUAGACAGCAAGGGGGCGCCGCCGAUCAAAUACGUCAAGUCUGUGACGUGUUGGUGGAGCAGUAUGAGGAAGUGAUUGAGGAAUGGUACAAAGGAACCCAGGAGGAAGACCUGACCACUUACCUGUGUGAGAAACAUGUUCUCAAAGGACAGGACAAAGCCUGCCUGAGUGAGGAUUGGUCAAGGGGGAAGAAGAAGGGAGACCAGGCCGCCAUCGCAGAGGACAAGAAGAAGAAGAAAAAGAAGAAGGGAGUGAAGAAGGGAAAGGGCAAGAGUGAGGAGGGAGAGGAGGGAGGGGACGUCAGCUCGGAGGGAGAGAAAGCGACGAAGAAUAAGAAGGAGAAGAAGGUGAAGAAGAAGAAAAAGAGCAAAGCCCCGGUGGAGAAGAUGGAUGGAGGGAUGUCGUCGGAUGAGGAGAUCCAGCCACAGACGCCUCUCUCUGGGCAGAAGACGGAGCUGUGAGGACCCCGGUUCCUCGUCUGGACCCCGAAUCAGCUCGUCUAAACAGAAGUAAACUCUUAGUAAAAGCAUUCUGCAGCUUCUUUAAAAUGUCUUCAACUGUUGUCAAAAACUGAGGGUCUGAGACGCUGAAUAUGCUGAAUCAGAUCUUGUACUGUUACAACCCGGGUUUUAAAGUCUUUAUUUCAGUUUCUGUCAGUCUGAAACGGUCUCAAACUGUUUUUUAAUGGGCAGGGGGAUUUGAAUGAGAGAUUAAACUUAAUGCAAUUUGCAGACACCCUUAAUAACUUAAUAUCUUCACUUAAGAGUUUUUCCAGUUUAUUACAACUUGGUUGUUAUUUUUGUACUUUUUGCCAUUGUUUCUAUUGGUUCUGAUAAUGAUAAUUCUGAUAGUAUUAUACUCCAACAACAACAACAACAACAACAGUCUAGUUAGUGGAUUAAUCAUUUGGUAAGCAAAAAUAAUUAGCUGUAUUUCACAGGUUUAUAUGAUUUUAAAUUUAAUAUCUUUGGGUUUUGGAUUGUUGGUCUGACACAAAAAGCAAUCUGAGGACGACACCUUAUCCCCAAAUUCCACCGGGCACGCAUCCCAGAACCAACUCGGGUCAAGCGUUGCAGAGCAGAUCACACUGACUCUGAAAUCAGACACAGAAACAGCACAGAGAAUCCAGUCAAUUUCCAAAAUAAAAUACUACGUUUAGACUCAAAAUCGAAUUUUUCGUUCACCAUCAACACUGUGGCACCAGGCCAGGAGUCAGUCAGUCAGAGGAGCUUUGAGGUGGAGAAACACUGUUUUGUAUUGUUAUUCAGGACAAAAUACACAAGUAAACAACACGUUCUGCUUCUAAAAUGCUCUCGGUGGGAUUUGAAGACACAUGGAUCACGAGGCCACACCGGCGCCACAAAGCCAUGCCCGGUGGAAUUUGGGGUUAGGAGCUGUGAACUUGUGAUUGGAAUUCUUUUAUUUUGACAUGUUAUCAACUCAAUAACUUAUCAAUUAGUUACAAAAUCAUUAGUUGCAGUCCUAAAAAACACCAUAAGAUUUUAUCUGAUUUUGCUUUUAGGUGAUUUUACUACAGAAAGUGUUCGACUCCACUUUAUAAACCACUGUGUUAGACACCUUCAGUGCUGUAUGCCAACAUACGUUUUACCUGUCAGUAUGUCACAUGAUAUUUUGGAGAACGCGGCGCUCAGCAGAGCUCCAGAUUGACGAGGGAGUUUUCUUUCAGUUGAAUGUUGACUUUCCAUGCUGUAUCUCCUCCUAAUGUGAAUCUGAGUGUUUGUUCACAACUUAUGCUGUUUUUUUAAAAGUCUUGUGUUUACCGAAAUAUUCAUUCCACCUGAAAACUAGUUGACACAAUAGAGAACUGCUUUUCCUUGUUAUAAUAAUAUUUUAAUAUUUCAAAAUGUUUGAUAUCAGUAGAGGAAACUGCAGAAUUCCCUUUUUAACCAUCUCAAGUCUCAGAUUCAAUGAAAUUCUCCUUUUUAAUUAGUAAAUUCAACAUAAGGUACCUUUUGUUUUUUCAUUCGUGUUUCUGUUAUUGUUUCAUUUUUUAUAAUUUUCCAUUGAUUGUGUUGUGUCUGUGUGUGCGCGCUGUACAAAAGCUGCUAUUUAAGGUGUGUUUGUGUGUGUUUGUUGGUUCCCGAGCUGAUGAUGAAAGUGCGUGUGUGUGUGUUUUUACAGAUUUUUAUUCUGAAGUGAAACGCCAGCUGUGUUGUAUUGAAGUUGCUUUUUGAAACCAUGAGCAGACGCGUCAGUGGAUCAAUAAACACAGGUUUAAAAACUCUGUAAA